AGGAGAUCCUUGUGGCCUACCGUCUAAAGGGAGACACACCUUCAGACUACCAGCCGCCACCCAGACGGCAGAUUUGUGUGCGGCGCUUCUUCGAGGUGAACAUGAAGGACAUCAAGUUGGUGCUCCCGCAAGAAGCUUGGAGAAUGCGUGGCAGACCUUUGGACAUGAUCAGGGCAGAUCUCAUCACCAUGGUGGGCCUCUUUGGCGUUUCUUCCCAUGUCCUGGCAAAUACCAACAAGUGGUUGGCUGUUGCCACCUGGCUGGAAGAGAAGAACCCACGUUGGCCUGGAACUUGGGAAUCAGCCACGGACAACAUUUCAGGUGCCAGUGGUGCUUUUGAGCGUCCGUACCAUCGCCAACUAUCGGCGAGUGAAGGUGGGUUCGAAGUCUCGUGUAGAUUCCAUGCUUUUCGACCACUGCCUCGACAAGGAUGCUGCUUUGAUGCGCUUGCUGCCAGAUGCUGCUGAAGCACAAGUCUUCUCUGAGUGUGCUCUCGCCUAUUGGUCCUUGCUGGUUGGAGCUGCGGAAAGGGAUGAAUCACGGCCCACAUUGUGCCGCGAGGAGCUCAGUUUGCGUGGUCAAGAAGUCGUGCGUGAGCUGGUCAACGAGGUCGAUCUGCCUGCAGCCGGGAUCAGUCCUGUUCUUGACGGAGCCAUCCAACGUCUGGAACGCUGGGGCUUUUUGCAGGCUCAAGAUGACGGGCUUCAGCUGACGAAGCUGAGUGGGCAAUUGGCUUCAAAAAGCCACCAUCUGCAAGGUCAGAUCAGCGGGGAUCGAUUCUUAGGCAUCCCCUGGGAAGGGAUGUAAUUGCGAGAAAAUGGGGCGCACGUGAUUGGCCAGUCCGGGCACGUUAUCUUCUGCUUUUAUUGGCCAGUUUGCUGACUCUCUAAGCUUUACCAGUGAUCCAGAUGGCUCAAGACAAUGAAAUGCAAAG